GCAAUCCAGUACACAGCACUAGACAGACACAUAGUGACUUCCUCCCCCUAAUAGCACCUUCUUCCUAUCAAGCUGGAGUUCAUCAAAGAUCAAAACCUGAAACUUCCCACAAUCACACAGCGGAAGAAGAGCACCAAGACUGGUUCCCAGCCUAUCCAAGGUAGAAGUGAGCAACGUUAGUGUGUCAGUAACAUGGUGACUGUGAGAGAGGAGAUGCGUAAGGGGCCAUGGACAGAGCAGGAGGACAUGCAACUGGUAUGCACUGUCCGCCUGUUCGGUGACCGUCGUUGGGACUUCAUUGCCCAAGUCUCAGGCCUCAACAGGACAGGAAAGAGUUGCCGCCUCAGGUGGGUGAACUACCUCCACCCUGGCCUCAAGCAUGGCCGUAUGUCACCGCAAGAGGAGCGCCUUAUUAUUGAGCUCCAUGCUCAGUGGGGGAACAGAUGGUCUAGGAUAGCACGGAGGCUGCCAGGGCGCACAGACAAUGAGAUCAAGAACUACUGGAGGACACACAUGAGAAAGAAAGCACAGGAGAGAAAGAUGAGCAUAUCACCUUCAUCCUCAUCCUCCUCAUUGACAUACCAAUCCUGCCUUCUUGACAACUCUUCAAUUAUUGGGAUGGGCAGUGGUGACACUCACAAUGGCAGUACCUGUGUCAGCAGCACCCUCGAGAGCACCCAGAGUUCCAUGGAUGCAUAUCCCAUGGAUCAAAUAUGGAGGGAAAUCGAGGCACCUGCCUUGCUGGGCACUGCUGAAGGGAAAGAGAAGACAUGCAGCAGUAUCCCCUGCACUCUGCCAUCACCUGCUAUGUGGGAUUAUAAAUUCCCUGAGAUAUUCUGGAAGAUGGAAGACGAAGAAAUCAGGAUGUUGGCUCUAUAAUUUGGUUAUGGUAACACCCUCGCUAUUGAAGGAUGAAAGAAUACAUCUAUACAUAGUUUUGUACUCACUAGCUAUGUUUGCAUUAAUAUGGAUUUCGGUAUUUUAAAUCUACGGUGCUCAUGGUGUGUGUGUCUGUGUAGUGUGUGGAUAGUUUGUAUCAGUUUGUGCAAUACAAGGAUGCUCUAUAUGCAUGAUAUUUCUAAUCAUCUC